AUGCUACGCAAUGCAACCCGGGCUGGAUGCCCUAGAUGGAGAUUGUCUGCUAGACUUCCCUCGGCUCUGCAAAGAUUAGCUUCAACUCGAUCGAUGAGACAGAAUUCGAAGCCUUCUCAACAGUCGGUUCUACCUACCAAUAACGCAUACCCAGCCAUACUCGCUUGCUUACAAUGGCAUAGAAUGAAACAGGCCAAAACUUACUCUCCUCGCCGCGCUAACCCGACCCCGUCCUCAACUCCAGCCCCUGCUCUCGAAACUGCCGAUAUUAUAUUCAAGGCCAGGAAGACACCCUUGCUCGCAUCCGGUGUUGUGGCUUUGGGCCUGGGCAUAUACAUAAGCCUCCUGGUCUCCUCACUCUGUUCGUCGCCUUGCUGCCAAGGUUCGGAAUCAGGCCCAGAUACUGUUCCCAAAGGGCGUCCCAGCAAUGUCUUUACCAAGGAGUCGGCUCGGAAAUUCGACCAGAGUCUCGAUGGCUCUGAGUGGUUGAUGGGUAUCACUGCUUUGCGGCGCAAACUAGCUGCAGAGGCUUCGGGACAUGUGCUCGAGGUCGCAAUCGGCACCGGUCGAAACUUGUCAUAUUACGACUGGAGCACCAUCCUUCAACCCGAAUCACCGUCUGCAUCGUCGACCGGACUCCAACACACAACAGCAGCUAAAGCCGUAGACCGCUCUGUUAAUGUCGCGGCGGCGCCGAUUCUCUCGUACACUGGAGUUGACAUCUCGGGCGAGAUGCUGGGCGUCGCCAUAGACAAGCUUGCGCAAAUGGUUCCCCAACUGGCAGGCGUUGAGUCUCAAGCCCAACAACAGUCCCUACCUGCACAGAGCCACUGGGGAGUAUACUCCUAUCUAUCGAACAAGUUGAGGGUUUUCCAGUCUGACAUACACGUUUUCAUUCCUCCCCCACCGGAGCAAAUCUCGACGUCAACAAAGUAUGACUUUGUCUGCUCAACAUUCUCGCUGUGUAGUGUUCGCGAUCCCAAACAAGUGAUUCGGGACCUAGCCAACAUGGUGAAGCCGGAUACUGGCAGAAUUAUCCUCGUCGAGCAUGGCCGAGGGUGGUGGGGUUUCGUCAACGGUUUGCUAGACAGGUCGGCGGCUUCACACUUCAAGAAGUACGGGUGCUGGUGGAAUCGAGAUAUCGCUCAUAUUAUCGAAAGCGCAGCUGAGUCGCUGCCCGAGCUCGAAGUAGUCAAACUCGAUCGCCCAUACAUCACUCAACUCGGAACUACCUUGUGGGUUGAAUUGAGAGUGUCGCACACCUCUUAA